AUUGUAACUAACAACACAGCUUUCAAACCAGAGAGAAACACGGAGUUUUUUCUUUUUUUUUUUUUUCUCCGGAGCUUUUUUCUUUUGAAAAUACGCUGUGUGAAGUGAAUUCAGAGAAGAAUCAGAGCCGAAAUGAGCGGCGGAGGUGAAGGAACGUCGCUGCAAUUCACUCCGACAUGGGUUGUCGCCGCCGUCUGCAGCGUCAUCGUCGCCAUUUCCCUCGCCGUAGAGCGUCUCCUUCACUUCCUUGGUACAUACCUCAAGAAGAAGAAUCAGAAGCCGCUGAAUGAAGCUCUACAGAAAGUUAAAGAAGAAUUGAUGCUCUUGGGGUUUAUUUCGCUUCUGCUCACUGUAUUUCAAGGCGCUAUCUCGAAAUGGUGUGUUCCUGAGAGUUUGACUGAGCAUUUACUUCCGUGUGAUCUGAAAGAUAAACCUAAAGCUGAAGAAGAUGAACAUGGCUCAUCGACGACGGAACAUUUUCAAACAUUCUUUGUUUCAAGCAUUUCUGGCACGGCUAGGCGCCUUCUAUCUGAGGGAUCGGCUUCACAGAAUGGCUACUGUGCUCAUAAGGAUAAGGUGCCAUUGCUAUCACUUGAAGCAUUGCAUCAUCUACAUAUUUUUAUCUUCAUCCUGGCUAUUGUCCACGUGACAUUUUGUGUUCUCACUGUGGUUUUUGGAGGAUUGAAGAUUCGUCAGUGGAAGGCUUGGGAGGAUUCUAUUGCAAAAGAAGAGAAUUACGAUGCCGAAGACGUUCUAGAACCAAAAGUCACCCAUGUCCAUCAGCAUGCUUUUAUCAAAGACCACUUCCAGGGCAUUGGUAAAGAUUCAACUCUUCUUGGUUGGUUGCGUUCCUUCCUCAAGCAAUUUUAUGCUUCUGUAACAAAAGCAGAUUAUGUGACGUUACGACUUGGUUUCAUUAUGACACACUGCAGGGGAAACCCCAAGUUUAAUUUUCACAAGUACAUGAUACGUGCCCUUGAGGAUGAUUUCAAGCAUGUUGUCGGUAUCAGUUGGUAUCUUUGGAUCUUCGUAGUUGUCUUCUUGCUCCUUAAUAUUAACGGCUGGCAUACAUAUUUCUGGAUAGCAUUCAUUCCUCUUAUUCUUCUGCUUGCUGUGGGAACCAAGCUGGAACAUGUGAUAGCCCAGCUGGCUCAUGAGGUUGCAGAGAAGCAUGUAGCAAUCGAAGGGGAUCUGGUAGUCCAACCAUCCGAUGAUCACUUUUGGUUUCAGCGACCCCGUAUCGUUCUCUUCUUGAUCCAUUUUAUACUUUUCCAAAACGCUUUCGAGAUUGGAUUUUUCUUCUGGAUAUGGGUUCAAUAUGGCUUCGACUCGUGCAUCAUGGGAAAAGUCGCCUAUAUCAUUCCUAGGCUUAUUAUUGGGGUGUUUGUUCAGGUUCUUUGCAGUUACAGCACCCUACCGCUCUACGCUAUCGUCACGCAGAUGGGAAGUUCUUUCAAGAAAGCAAUCUUUGAAGACCAUGUACAAGUUGGUCUAGUUGGGUGGGCUCAGAAGGUGAAGAAAAGGAAGGGACUGAAAGCAGCAGCUACUAAUGGCUCCAGCCAAGGAAGCAAGGAAGACGGGUCUAGUGUGGGGAUUCAGCUGGGAAAUGUUCUGCGCAAGGCUUCUACUGCACCAACAGAAAUUAAGCCUGAUGCCUCCAAAUCCAGUGAUCUGCCUUAGUCCAAAUCAAAUGAUUAAGCUAAGGUAGGCCUCUUUCUCUCUCUCUCACUCACUCACUUGUAGAGUUGCAUUAUGCGACCCCGUCCCAUAGGCGAAACGUCAAAGCGUUUCGAUAUUCCGUAAAAUUUUGAACAGUGGAGCAAUCCUAUCCAUGUGUUGUAUCUUGUAUCACUUUGAUAAUCUAUUUGUAGGCUUUUGCAUUUG